AUGUCGUCCGGCGGAACCAUCUCGGGCAACACCCUUCGAGGGACUCCCAACAGGGACCGUCGAGGGGGCAUUCCAUUCCAGCAGCAGCAGCACCCGCAUGCAAGCCCUGCUGGAUCCGCGAUUCCCCGACCUGUUCUGGAGGAGAAGCCCAGCGAUGCGGGUUCUGCUCUGAGUGCGAGUCGACAGAAGCAGACUAAGCGAGAUGAGGCAAUCCGACGCAAGCUCGAGACCGAUCUCUCCAAGAAGAGCAAGCUGGCCGGCCGCACACGCCAGAGCCGCAAGGCACCCCCCGGCACCGUCUUGUCCCUGAAGCCCAGCCCUGCUCUCCAGAUCAAGCCUUCGACUACAGUCUCCGAAGCUGCUCAGCUUAUGGCCGCGAAGAGAGAGGACUGCGUUCUCGUCACUGACGAUGAUGACCGUAUCGCUGGUAUCUUCACCGCCAAGGAUCUGGCUUUCCGAGUUGUCGGGGCUGGGUCUAAGGCCUCCAAUGUCACUAUUGCCGAGAUUAUGACCAAGAACCCUCUUUGCGCCCGCACCGAUACAAGUGCCACCGACGCCCUCGAUCUGAUGGUCCGCAAGGGAUUCCGUCACCUGCCAGUCAUGGACGAGAACCAGGACAUUUCGGGUAUCCUCGACAUUACCAAGUGCUUUUACGAAGCUAUGGAGAAGCUCGAGCGUGCCUACUCCUCUUCCAGGAAACUCUACGACGCUUUGGAGGGUGUGCAGUCCGAGCUCGGCGCCAGCCAGCCCCAGCAGAUCAUCCAAUAUGUCGAGACUUUGCGCAGCAAGAUGUCGGGACCGACUCUGGAGAGUGUACUCAAUGGCAUCCCUCCUACCACCGUGAGCGUCAGGACCUCGGUCAAGGAAGCCGCGGCUUUGAUGAAGGAGAACCACACGACGGCUGUUUUGGUGCAAGAUCAGGGAGCCAUUACUGGCAUCUUCACCAGCAAAGAUGUUGUUCUCCGCGUCAUUGCCCCUGGCUUGGAUCCCGCCACCUGCAGUGUGGUGCGUGUCAUGACACCCCACCCCGACUUUGCGCCCAUGGACAUGAGCAUCCAGGCCGCUCUUCGCAAAAUGCACGAUGGCCACUACCUCAACCUCCCCGUCAUGAAUGAGGGCGGCGAGAUCGUGGGCAUGGUGGACGUGCUCAAGCUCACUUAUGCCACGCUCGAGCAGAUUAACACCAUCUCGACAGGUGAUGGAGAGGGCCCAGCUUGGAAUAAGUUCUGGCUGUCCAUGGACAACGAAACGGAGUCCAUGAUGUCUGGCGACGGCGGCAGCCACAGCCACCACCACACGAACCUUGGCUCUCGCAUGAUGUCUCCUGACGUGACCCGCGAGCGCAUUGGCGACAGCGUUGCGCCUGGCGACUCUGCGUCUCACGUCGGUGCCGAGUCACCCCCUCGCUCCAUGCUUCAAGAGACGCCUGGCGUCGUCCCAGCUGAACUGCCGUUCCCUUUCAAGUUCAAGGCCCCUUCAGGCCGUGUUCACCGCUUGCAAGUCGUUGCGUCGCAGGGCAUUGAGACUUUUGUUGCGGCCGUCGCCGCCAAGCUCGGUAACGAGGUGGAGGGCAUUGGAGGUACGCCCGUCGUUGAGGACGGCAAGAUGAGCGGCACUGGCUUUGCGCUGAGCUACGCUGAUGACGAGGGUGACACUGUGUCCAUCACGACGGACAAUGAUCUGCUCGAGGCGAUUCUUCUAGCUCGCCAGAGCCUCCGUGAGAAGGUUGACCUCUAUGUGCACCAUCCGGACACGACCCCUGUCGUGGCGCCUCCACCCCCACCUCCUGUCGUUGAGACACCGGUCAUCCCCACGCCUACUGCCUCGUCUGCUGAUGGUCUCCGCAUGCGCCGUCGCGACUACGACGAUGAGGACGAGGAGGAUGACGAGGAGGAGGAGUCUACUGUACGUCGGUCCCGGCGAAACCGCAAUGCACCCGUUCAGGACCAGGUCAUUGCCGGUGUCCCCAACGAGCUGCUGCUGCCCGGUGCCAUUGUCACCCUCGCUGUUGUGAUAUGCUGCGAACCAAAUUUUGGCCGACUCGCGUCUGCGACCAUCACCAGGACGACAAGUGACAGCAAGUCGGGCAGCCGUCAUGAUAUUGAGAAACGCCGCUGUGCGGCAUGGUAUGUGACCUCCAAUCGAUUCCAUUAUGCAGAGGCUGAUAUCACAGGCCGCCGGACGCUGGCCAGCCCCAUCUCACGAUCCGCCAUACGCCAAUUGUCGACCGAGAAGACCGCGACACCGACGGCCAGCACUGAGGCCCCGGUCGAUUCCUGGCCUGAAGAGCAGAAGGCACAUGCUCGUGAGCUCGCGAGCACGGUCCCCAAAAAGGAGCGAUCCUCCAGCCGAAAACAGACCAAGUACAUUCAGACCAACGUCUUUGGUCUCGGAAUGAACGCAGCCGCAACGCGCCACCAAGGCCGCUCGUGGACGCGCGAACACCAGGUCGGGACGGAGACGCUCACCCCCGAGGAGCAGUGGCAAAAGUUUCAGCGCCAACAGACCGAGACGAGGAAGAUUGGUACCCAUGUCGAGAAACGGUACUCACCUACCGAGCUUCUGCAGAAUCCGCCCCAUGCCGAGGACGUCACGCUCGAGCUGCUCAUGGCAUCGCAGACGCACAUGGGACAUCACAAGUCUGUCUGGAACCCGGCCAACGCCCGCUACAUUUUCGGUGUGCGCGAGCAGACGCACAUCAUCUCCCUCGAAACGACGGCGGCGCACCUGCGAAGAGCCGCGCGUGUGGUGGAGGAGACAGCCUACAACGGCGGCCUGAUCUUGUUUGUGGGCACGCGCCGCGGGCAGAUGGAGAUUGUGGCCAAGGCGGCUGAGCUGUCAAAGGGGUGCCACGUCUUCACAAAGUGGGCACCCGGCACGAUCACCAACGCCGAAGUCAUGCUCCGAGGCCACAAGCUGCAGAUGCUGGAUCAGAACGAUAAGCAACUCGGCGGCUUCCAGCUUUUCAACGACAAGCCCCUGAUGCCGGAUCUAGUUGUGUGUCUGAACCCGCUCGAAAACUGGCCCCUCCUCUACGAGUGCGGUCUCAAGACGAUCCCUACCAUUGGGAUAAUUGACACGGAUGCCGACCCGACCUGGGUGACCUACACAAUCCCCGCCAACGAUGACAGUUUGCGAUCGGCUGCUGUCAUUGGAGGCGUGCUUGGUCGUGCCGGAGAGCGCGGUCAGCAACGGCGCAUGGAGCAAGCCAAAUUGGGUCAUACUACUUGGAACACGUCCCCGCGCGUGUACGAAUUCAUGGCGGCGCGGAAGGAAGAGGCUCUCACGAAGCGCAAGCAGGUCAUGGGAAUGACACAGCAGUAUCACGGCCUUAACGACGAUGAGAUGAAGCUCCUGGAGAAGACGGAGCCCGUGCAAAAGGACGUCACAGAGGACGCCAUGCUAGCGAUGAUGGGGCAGAUGGUGGACGGACAAGCGCAGGCGAAAACCGAUGUUGCCGAGGCUAUCCAGCAGCCUGUCGCCGAUCUGAGCCCGGAAGAUUUCGAGAAGAGCAUCCAGGCACUGGCGGCGGGCACCAAGGAGAUUGAGGCAGCUUUACGCUUCUCUGGCGCAGCCUCGAAACGGUCUGGCGUGACGGUGGAGAGCAUCGAGAGGGAUCUGGUGGCUGUUGGUGUAAGCGCCAAGGAGAUUGAGAGUCUGCUGACGGCCUCCACCGCUCCCAAGCCGCAACUGCAGCCGUACCUCAAACUUCGCACCUGCGCACUUCCCCUCACCACGCAGGAACCCUCACGACCGAACAUUUCAAGCGUUAUCUACUCCCGCAAGAGUGGCGUCCGCGCAAGGAUGCCUGCCAUGCUGGAGGACCCGGCCAGUCCGACCAUCCACCGUCGGUCUGGCGAGGCCCCUUUCCCAGACCCCAACAAUCCUCAGCUGCCCGUGGACAUUUCGCCUCGUCAGGUGACGUUGCGCGAUCGCCAGACUGUGGCCACCAUUGUGCCCUAUGCCUCUGCUCAGAAUGUGCCUCCCACGUUGCUCGCGUACCUGUGUGAUCAGUUCAACAAGGAAAUUGAAGGGGGCGACACCUACCCCAUGGUGGACACGUUCACCGUGGAAUCGUUUGCACAGUACUGGUUCCAGAACAUGGCCGCUAUCAUGCUCCUAGGCAGCUUGCACAGCGCAGACGAGGUCGUGGAGGGCAAAGACUGGAGUAGAGAGUGUCUGGGGAGCUUCUACAUCAAGCCCAACUACCCGGGCCGCAGCAGUCAUAUCUGCAACGCAGGGUUUCUGGUUACUGACGCUUCGCGAAAUCGCGGUGUGGGCCGUCUCAUGGGCGAGACGUACAUCAUCUACGCACCACGACUAGGCUACACCUACAGCAUUUUCAACCUGGUGUACGAGACCAAUGUCGUCUCCUGCCGCAUCUGGGAUGCCCUGGGCUUCAAGCGGAUCGGCAGGGUGAAGGAAUGCGGGAAUCUCAAGUCGUACCCGGAUCGACUGAUUGACGCCAUCAUCUACGGCCGCGAUCUCAACCCAGACGAGUCCGAGGAUCUCGUCUCGGAGGAGCGCUUUGACAAGAUCAAGUACUAUCUCAAGUUCAACAAGUACCCGGCCGGGGCUGACCGCGCGGAGAAGUCUCGGCUGCGCAGCGCGGCAACGCACUACAAGCUGCUCGAGGGCGACAAGCUGAUGCUCAAGGACAAGGAGGUCAUCUCGGAUCCGUUGCGGCAGUACGCCAUCGCGCGGGAGGUGCACGUACACAAUCACGGGGGCAUCAACAAGACCACGGCGACGAUUGCGGAGAAGUAUCAUUGGAGCAGAAUCAAGGAGACACCCAUCGACCCGCAAAUGAUCGACCAAGCUGGUUCUGACGUCAACUUUGAUCAAUAUCACGACGAUACCCACGUCGCAGACUUCCAAGCUCUGCUCGACGCGACCGAGGACACUGACACGGACAACAACACCGCAGCCGACGCAGAAGCCGCCGCGGCCGCCGUGGACCGAGACCUGGACAUGCUGAUAGAACACGACGAGGACGGCGAUGGCACAGCAGACACCAAGAGGAACAACAAGGACGAGUCUGGGCUGUACGAUUGGGAUGCGAGAUGA